AUGCCUCCUCUGCGAUCCGACAUCGAGGACCAGCUCCUAAUCUUCCAGAACAAAAUGAAGGACGCCCAGAACAAGCCGCCGCCGACGGGGCCGAAGCACCAGGCGCAGUGGGAGAUCUUCCAAAUCGCCCACACGCGGAGCAGAUACAUCUACGACCUGUACUACGAGAAGGAGGCCAUCAGCAAGCAACUGUACGAGUGGCUGUUGAAAAACGGGUACGCUGAUGCCAUGCUGAUCGCCAAGUGGAAGAAGCAGGGCUACGAGAAGCUCUGCUGCCUGCGCUGCGUCCAGACCAAGGAGACCAACUUCAACUCAACGUGUAUAUGCCGUGUCCCGAAAGCCCAGCUUAAGGAAGACCAGGAGGUCCAAUGCGUCAACUGUGGCUGCCACGGCUGCGCUUCCAGUGACUAG